ACUGGAGAUAUGGAGCGAGCAGAAAUAAUACUAAAUAGAUUACAUAAUUCUGUACCAAAGGAUAUAAAGCAUUACUCGGACAUAAAUGCAAAAUUGUAUACCUUAUUAUGUGUAAAACUUGCACCGGUUGCACCGGUCGCUCCGAUUGCUCCCAAAGGACCUAACGAUCCAGGAGUUCCGGGAAAGCCGGGAAUUCCGGGAAAACCUGGUAAGACAGGAGAUAAUACUACACUAAAACAACAACAGUCAUCAUCAUCAUUACCAAUAUUAACUUCAAUUUUAUCGCAAACAAAUAGCAUUGCAAAUAAUAUUAGAAAUGGAAAUAAUAGAGAUACAUCAAAUAGUAAUACACUAUAUAAAUUUCUAAAUCGACAACAGCAGCAGAAACAACAAUUAGAAGACGAAGAAGUGUCUAAUGGAAUAAUGGUUACUAAAAUACAUUCCGUAAGUAUACAUCAUGAAGAUUUUACAUUAGAUGAAUUUGACGAUAAUGGAAUCGCUGCUAGCUUUAAAAGUGCUGGAACUGGAACAAACGAAUCCGACGAUACUAAUAAUGAAAAUGGAGGAUAUCUUGAUGGUGAAGCUAAAAGUAGAAUAAUGAGGGAACGAUUAACCACAAGUAUAACAAGUAGUGUAUCCACUCUGAGUAAUAAUAACGAUAAAACUAAUAGAAAUAGCUUUAAUAGCACGAUAAGUAAUUUAACGAUUAAAGAAGAAUUAAGAAAAGCAAACGUUAAAUUUUAUAUAUGA